AUGCAGUUGACAAGUUACGAAAAUAUUACCCAAGACAAUAUCGUGUUUAAUGAAAGCAAAGAGUAUAAAGUAAAAGAUAGCAAAAUUAAAUAUAAACGUAUUCCAAUUGAAAUCAAAUAUCCAAAUAAGAAAAAAGGUCCACUUGUAAUAGAAACUCCAGUUCUUUUCUCUUUUGGAGUAAAUGAAAAGAAAAACCAAGAUACAAAAAAGUUAGUAGGUUACUCAAUACCAGUAUGUCUUUGGUCUCGCGAUAGUGAACCCAGUACUAAAGAAAAAGAAUUUUUUGAUGUUAUUAAUAAUAUAACAACUGCAUCACAACAUUAUUUAGAAAAUGAAUAUGGUCCUGAUAUGGCAUCAAGUUUAUCUUCACCACUUUACUAUAAACAAAUAGAAUACACAGACAAUAAAGGAAAAAAGAAAACAAAAGUUGAUGAAUCAUCAGCACCAGUUCUUUAUGCAAAACUUAUUUAUUCAGAAAAAACAAAAAAAAUUCUAUCUUUGUUUAAGGGAAAGGGAGGUCGUGAUCUAAAUCCUUUUAAAUAUCUUAAUCAAUACUGUAAUGUUAAAUUGGCUCUUAUAAUUGAAGGAAUUUUCAUAAGUAAAACUGUAACAUCUUUACAAAUAAAAGUACAUGAGUGCUAUGUUAAACCACUCAAACCUAGAGAGUCUUUAUUGGCGUUUGAAGAGGAAGAGGAAGAAGAAGAGAGUGAGGGUGAUUAUACAAAAGAUGGUCUUGAAGCAUUACUUGAAAAAGUUAGUGAUGAAGAGUAA